AACGCCGCCACUCUUCUUCUACGCUCUAUUUGCAGUGGCAGGGCUUGCAGCCGCUUGCAGCUCGACGGCUAUGAUCUAGCAAAUGAUCAAAAUCUCGAUUAGCUUUAUUGAUUUAUUUUAACAGUCUGUGGUUCCCAACAGUGUGUUUGCUGGUUAAGAUGGCGGGGGACCAGGUGAAAUUUUCAAAAAACUUGCUUCGCAUGAAGUUCAUGCAGAGAGGUCUGGACGCUGAAACAAAGAAGCAGCUGGAGGAAGAUGAGAAGAGAAUCAUCAGUGAUGAACACUGGUACCUGGACCUGCCAGAACUCAACGCUAAAGAGAACCUGAUCCUGGAGGAGAAGAGUUUUGGGCCGUGUGAGGACCUGCUGUUUGGCCGGAUGUCCUUCCGAGGGUUUAAUCCUGAAGUGGAGAAACUGAUGGCUUUGUUGAAUCCCAAAGAUGAAGAUGAGGAGGAAGAGGAUGUGAGCCACAUGCAGACAGAUGUCACAGAUGAGGAAAUGGCUCUAAGGUAUGAGAGUUUAGUGGGGAGCAUGAAGAAAAAGUUUGCAAAGAAGCGCAAGAGCGCAGCAGCAGCGGAUGAAGACGACGUCAACCACAACACGACGGAGGCAAAGACGAAGAGGGAGUUUCUGAAACCUCAGGACUGAAAAGCUCCACAAGAACGUGUUUUUACGUCAAAGACAGGAAAUAAAUAAUUCCUGCUGUUUGGAUGGGAAGUGAGCUGCAGGAAACAUCCCGUCUCUAAACUUGUGUCUGACAUUCUGAGGACUGUGAGCGUUGCAGACGUGAGGCUUCAAUCUGUGCCAGACUCAGUGAGACGUACACUCAGUAUUCGUUCGUUUGUGAGAGAAACACGAGGAGUGAAGUUUCUGCUUAAAAUUAACUUCAGCAAAGUUUAAAUGGGCUUAAAUCACGCAAAUAAGCCCUGGUGGUGUUCCAAGACCUUUUCAAUGUCAUCCUUCCAAAAGUUGCAUUGUUUCAAUUGUUUGUGAAAAAUAAUUGGAGGUUCUGUAAAUUUUUCUGAAUAAAUAUCCUUCAAAAUGUUA